AUGCUGAUCACUCUGUUUCUCUCCCUCCUGGUGUCUUCUGUCAUUGCCACAGAGAAAGACAGUGCCCUUCCCAGGCUGGCUGACGCCAAAGCUGUCGAGGCCUUCAUUGACUCUGCUGAAGUGGUGGUCAUCGCAUUCCUGGAGGGAGAGGAGAGUCAUGGCUAUGAGGAAACUGUGGCAGCUGCGAAGCGAGUUGACACCGUCCCCGCAGCAAUGUGCACUGAGAAAGAGUUGUGGGCUGAAUACAGCGUCUCCUCAGACACCAUCACACUUUUCAGAAAGGCAGAUAACCACCAGGAGAACCUCGAACUUGCCGAGGCCAAGAAGUUAGAUGCUGACGGUCUUGUGAACUUUAUCACUAUCAACGAGGUUCGAUACAUCACAGAAUACAACCAAGUGACAGCAGUGGGCCUGUUCAAUUCAGAGGUGAAGACACACCUCCUGCUCUUUGCCAAUAGGGGAACUAAAGAAUAUACCGACCUCAAGAAGCAACUGGGAACUCUGGCCCCAGAGUUCACAGGCAAGUUCUUGUUUGUGCUGAUCAACGGAGCAGUCAAGUCCAACUCUCGGUCACUGGGCUACUUUGGCCUCAAAUCUAAGGACCUCCCAAGAGUUGGCAUCUAUGACGGUACCUCCGACAUGAAGUGGCUCCUACCAGAAGGAGAGAUUUCUGUAGAGCGAGUACAGGAGUUCUGCCAGUCCUUCCUGCAAGGGGAACUGAAGGAGGUGAAACAAGCGGGAGCAGAGCCUAAAACAGAGCUGUGA